UUGAAAGUUUUCAAAAUUAAUCCCGGCCUAAAACCAACGGGUGUAACGCUAUUCGAUUCGCUUGGAUCACCCUCGUUGUUUCUACACUCCUGUCCGAAGAACAUGAACGUUUAUCAACAUUCAAUAACAAGCUGAUAACCCAUUAAAGCAUUAAGAAAAGGAGUUUAUUCCCUAACCUAUAACUAUUGCAGCGAAAAGAGAUGAUUGAUAAUGAAAAAAAAAGCUGAUGAUAACCUGUUCAUUAAAUUUUUGAGUUUUUCGUAAUUUUUUUAAUCUGCACUUACUUGUUGAAACUGUAAUCCGUUUAGUAUGAUUAAAUAGUUAUUGUUUAUCUACAAUUGUGUUCCCUCAUACUAUCAUGAUUGCACCUUUUCGUUCAAUCAUUCGAACCGGUAACUGUGUUAAUUUAUUGUUUACUAGGAGCCUUAAGUCUGAUUUGCACAUAAAAUGGGUUCGACCGGAGAAAAUAUCUUGCUGGGAUGCAAAAAAAUCUGGUGACUUAACGCCUUUAAGCGAAUUGGACAUGACCGAAUUUCCAUUAGAAUAUCGUAAUUCUGAAGAACUAAAAACAGCCAAUGAAUAUGUACGUAAAGUUUUUUCAUGUAAUUUUAUGGGACGUCGAUUUGCUACACAACGUUUUCGUCAAGAGCUCAUUGAUAAAGUUAAAUCUAAUAGUUUAGAUUCUACAUCGUGUGAAGUUCAAAUUGCAAGUAUGACAGCCAAUAUUCGUAAUCUUCAAGAACACUACAAAUUAUUUCCUAGAGAUAAGAGCUCAAAAAUUGCUUUGAAAGAAAUAAUAGAUAAACGUAAAAAGAGACUGAAAUUUUUACGUACUUGGGAUUAUAAAAAGUUUGAAUGGUUAUUGGAAAAGUUAGAUUUGAAGUAUCAUCCUCAUCCAACCUAUGAAAGAGUAGAGAGGAAAAAAUCAUUACGUCGUCUUACAUCUCAAUGGUGCGAAAAAGUUAGAGAACAAAAAUUGGCUGAAUACCGGGAUAAAUUAAAUAAUGAAAAAGAAAUAUUUUUUAAAGAAAAAUUGGAAUCAUUAGAAUGGAUUAAAAAAGAAGAAAUUGAAUGUGGUGCACCACAAACAAUAACUGAUGCUGAUAUAGAAGCUGCACGUAAACAAUUAGAAGAAUGGAGAGCUUUAAAGUCUAACAAAGAAUAAAAAUAUUAUAAAUUAGAAUUGUUAAUAUACAUAACAAAUUAAAACUUUUUAA